GUCUUCAGUGGAAGUCAGAGGAGGUAAGAGGUCUUUGCUGGGGCAGAGGUCAAAUGGACUCAUCUUGUGAACACAGUCAACAAACCCAUUUAAACACAGCAUAUUUGGAUCCAGGGUCUAGUGUCCUACAGUACUCAACUGUAUCUGUCAGGCUGCCCACCAACACAGAGGUACCUGACAUCACUGUCUCUUUAAGACAUCGGUCUCAAACUCAAAUGACCUUGGGGGGCACUGAGCAUCUAGUCUGGCCAGUAGGGGGGGCCACUCAAGUGAAAACCCAUUUUUUCCACUUUCUUUUAGUAGGGGUGGGCGAUAUGAGCUAACUGUAUCACGAUAUUUCAUCAUGAUAUCGCAAUGACAGGUAUUUCACAGAAUUUCAAAAUAAAAGCGUCUGUGUUGACAUGGAACAACCUAUAGUUCACGAUAAAAAUGUACAUAUUUGUGACGCAACGAGUUUGAGACCUCUGGGUUAAGACAUUAGUAACUUUUACUACAUAUUCACUAAGGUGAUCGUUUUCUGAGGCAGAAUGUUACAUAUUGAAUCUUUUUCUGGAUUAAGACGAUAACCUGAAUAACACUCUAAAUAGCAUGUACUGAUUCCCCUACCCAGAAUAAGUGAGUGAGCAGUGUUCAGAAGGUCCAAUGUUUAAGAAUUAGUGACUCCUCCACUCACUGCUCUGUUAGCGCUGUCACAUUGGGCAUUGGGCUCUGGUUCCUGAAGAUUUGAACCAGAAACGCUGAUUCCCUGCAGGAAGCAAAAAAAUACCUGUUUUUUCUUUGGGAUCCGUUCAAUCAUCAGUGGGCGUGUCAGUGUAAGCUGUAGAUGAGAGGAAGGAGGACGCAGUGGUUAUUUACCUUUGAACUCAACUUGCUGAAUUAGCAGAGGGGAUUUUACAGAAGCUCAGUGUGAUCCGGCACUGUCACGUUUACUACAGACGCUGGGACUUUGGUUUGGUUUAACUGGUGCCAACUCAACAAAUCGAUCCUAAGGGCAUCAGGGAACUACCAUGGUCUUUGCAUUAUUAGACAGGAUGUAAACACUUGUCUUCCAAUGUCUCACUGUUUCCUCCUCCUUCCUUCUUCAAUUCCAAGGCUAUGAAAACCAAAUGAUUUCUAUUUCAGAGUGAGUGAACAUUCUUAUGGGUAGUAUUUUCUAUCUCUUGCCUGUAAACCUUCCUAAAUGUUACACACUGGACCUGCACGUAUACAUCUCAAUCAGAUUAUAACAUCCUCCUUUUUAGCAGACAGAGCAGAUGUAAUGUAGUCUUGAGUCAUAAUCAGAUUGUGCUCUUUAAAGUAUAAUAUUGGGGAAUAUUCUGUAUUAUGAAAACAUUAUAAUCUGAUCUAAGGUCAUUUGUGUAAAACACAGGGGUUGAAAUCUCCUGGAAUAAUCUUUCUUCAGUAUUUGUUCCUCUCACUUUUUCAAGUAUUGUGGAUUUAUUCCCAAACGCGAUGAGAGCUGACUCUCAGAGACCGAACCGAACCUUACGUUGUCACCACACCUGUACCCGUUUGUCUCGGUUACCUGGGAACCGAGACAUGCACAAAAGUCAUCAGCCUUUACGAUACAAGAAGAACAUUUUAGUAGUUUUGUAAUGUUUUGUUUUAUUCUUUUUCGUCCCAAGCCUUUGUAAAAAUGUUUGCUAGCAAAAUGACAGCUUUAUAUUUUUUGGUACUAACGUCUUGAUGCCUUACUAUGUCGGUUGGCUUCAGCUCCUCUGUGGACAUGGACGGACAUGACGUGGCUCUGCCUGAGGCGAUGGACUGGACAUUAAAAACCACUGACGAGGUGAGCUGGCUCACUGAGAUGAUUGUAAACAUUCAAACUCAUUUGAAACAAGUGGAUUUCUAGUUCGGUAAUUUAUUCUCAAAUCCGCUCCCAGAUAGAAUCUGCCGUAUUUUCAACAGUGCAGGGUGACAGGAACUGCUCGUGUUGACAUUGUGUUAUAAUUGUACAGUGUUGUAGAACAGUUAGGACACGUUUCCCCCGUCUGAAGGUAGAGAACUAGAAAUAGUGAAAGGCUGACAUCUUGUGGUUGGUUUAGCUAAAGCAUGUCUCUGUUUAGGUCAAGCUGAGCACAUGAGGUGCCGCUGGAAUGUGUUUGAAUUUAAGGACAUUAAAAAAAGUGUUUUAUUCAAUUAAAUUCAAGGCCAUAAUUUUAAAUGAUGCUUAAAUGACAUGAACUUAAACUGUAUAUGUGUGACUUUGCUAAAACACUUCAGGUGUGUGUGUGUGUUUACUUAUUGGCGAUUCAUUUGUAAAAAAAAAAAAAGAAGAACCUUCUACUUGGGCUUUUAAGAGUUUGAUGAAACAAUACAACUUUUAUCAUCUUAAAUGUGCGUGGUUCUUUUCUUUAAAGCUGUAGCUAUAAAUGUGUUUUACCUUGUUUGUUGAAUUAUCCUCACCCAAUGAUCGGUACUGGACUUGUGUGAACAUGUGGUCCAGGUGUUUGGAAAAAGCAGGGAAGUUCCAUUGGUGUCUUCACCUACAGGGACUAUUUAUAACGUCACACUUUCUUACACUAAACUAUACAUUGUGUGCAUUCUUGAUCCUUGCCCUAAACUCCUACCAAAAAACUGAUGUAGAUACUGAAAGUGAUACAUUUUAUGAAAAUGUUCAAAAUAAGAGCAGUAAAUCUACAAAAUGCUUUUAUUUUGAAAGUCAAGGAUGUACACACCUGCAACAUGUUACUCCUCCCUUGACUAGAUCAUGUCGUGUCCACGCGGUGGCGCUGCUGAGCAAUAUUAACACCCAGCUUUAUUAUGAAUGGACUCUAUACCUGAUUGGUCCAUGUGCGUAAAACGCAUCCUCUUCAUGCUGUGUUGGUUUGGUUUUGGCACAGUCUUCUGUGGCUCUCGGUUCUUGGCAGUGAGGCUGCGGUUCACGCAUUUACACUUGAUGCAUGGUAAAACUUUGAUUCUGUUCUGCUCUGAUCGGUUCUGUGCGUAAAACCAAACAAACUCCUUUAGUCAUGUCCAGCAGUUUGUUGGUGAAAACUCUGGAGGAUCUGAGUCUGGAUUCAGGAUAUGUGGCGGGGGACCCGAGCUCGUCCCUCAGCCUGUCCUCCGGCAGGUCGGGCCAGUCUCAGCCGCACACAGGCACCUCUCAGCGGGGACUGUGGUGGCAGCACGCCGGCUCUCUGAACAGCAGGAACGGCAGCUGGGACACGGUGAGCACGUUGCCAGAGGACGCGGCGGACAUCCUGUCCAAGUGUCCGUGCCUGCCGGAGCUGGAGGAGUGUCCCUGGACCGAGCAGGAGCUCCACGACGUCGUGCGUAAAGUCGUGGGUUUGGAUUUACAGCUCACCGGCGAGGCUGUUCACCGCUUGUCCGUUCUCCUCCAGCGGGCUUUGGUGCGCGUGGCCAGGGAAGCGCAGCGACUGAGCGCGCUGCACAGGCGCUGUACGCGCCUGGAGGUGCAGAGCGCUGUGAGGCUGGUGAUGAGCUGGGGUCUGGCCGAGCGGUGCGUCUCCUCCGCGCUGGGCGCCGUGUCCCUGCACUGCAUGAGCUCGGGGGACACUGCGCGUCAGCGGGGAGAGUCCGCGCGCUGCGGGCUGACGCUCUCCGUGGGCCGCUUCUUCAGGUGGAUGGUGGAGACGCGCGUGUCUGUGCGGGUGCACGAGUACGCAGCCGUGUGCCUGACAGCCUGCCUGGAGACUCUGGUGGAGGAGGUGACCGCGAGAGCCGUGGAUGCGGCGAGGCUGACCGCGGAGUACCAGAGGGAGCGAGGCAGUGGGGUCACCACCUGCCGCGCGGUGACCGCGGAGGUGCUUGAGGGAGCCGUGAACAACGACACGGAGCUGUGGGGGCUGCUGCAGGUGUACGAGCAUCUCAUAUGUGGCAAAAAUGCCAGUGGUGAUCUGUCGCUGCCAGCCCAUAUCAGCCCAUACAUGAAGGUUCCUGAGGACCCAGUGGAGAGCAGGGAGGACGCUUACAUCCAGCUCGAGCUGCGGACACUGGAGCAGGCUUUGCUGGCAACCAGCGUGGGCAGCAUCGCAGAGCUCAGUGACCUGGUGUCUCGAGCGAUGCAUCACAUGCAGCAUCUGCGCUCCUCCAGCCCGUGCCUGAGCCCCGCUCGUUCAGCCAAUCAGCCGUCGGCGUCUUGGGCCCCGGACGCCCUGCGGACCCUCUACUACUUCCUGUCCAGCCCGCAGAUGGAAUCACUGGAGAACCCCAACCUGGAGCUGUCGACCAUGUCCCUGACCAGAGAGAGGCCUUUCCUGCUCCUGCCUCCUCUCAUGGAGUGGAUCAGAGUCGCCGUGGUGCACGCGGAACAUCGCCGCAGCCUGUUGGUGGACAGCGAUGACGUCAGACAGACAGCCAGGCAGCUUCUUCCUGGAUUGGACUGUGAACCCAGACAGUUUAAGUCAGAGUGCUGCUUCCACUCCUUCAAAUAUCUCCAUGCAGAAGCUGCGUCGGUCAAGUUCCAGCAGGAUCUUGGUUUCAGGAUGCUGCUGUGUGGUCGAACGGAUCUGGUCCAUCAGGCCACGCGGCUUCUGGGAGCUCAGAGUGUGAACGCCAUGGACGACCAGGGACUGACUCCUCUGAUGUACGCAUCCGCAGCAGGAGACGAAGCUCUGGUGCAGAUUCUUGUUGAGGUCGGAGCUAAUCUGGAUCUGCAGGUGCCUGGCUGCUCCAUCAAGCAUCCCUCCGUCCAUCCUGGCAGCAGACACUGGGUGGCGCUGACGUUUGCUGUGUUGCACAGUCACCUAUGUGUGGCUCAGCUGCUGUUGGAGGCCGGAGCAGACGUGGAGGGGGGAGCCCUGCAAGACGACCAGGAGAACUCAGCCGAGACACCACUGCAGUUAGCCGCGGCUGCAGGUGACUAUGAGAUGGUGGACAUGCUGCUCAGCCAUGGAGCGGACCCUCUGCUCAGAGUGCAUCAUGGGAACUCACUGACCUCGCCACUGUAUGAGGACAUGAACUGCUUCAGCUAUGCUGCAGCACACGGACACAGGAAUGUUCUCCGGAGGCUGCUGCUGCAGCCCGAGCAUGGGAAGGAGGAUAUCCUUUCACUGGAGGAGAUUCUUGCCGAGGGGGUGGAGGAAGAAGAGGAAGAGGAGGUGAAAACUGCUGCUCGCCCUCCAUCUCCUGACCCGUCAAACCCUGUUCCCAGGCUGUGUAAGGCCAAGAUGAAGGCUCUGCAGCAGGCGGCAUAUUACAGCGCUGAGCACGGCUACCUGGAUGUAACCAUGGAGCUCAGAGAGAUGGGUGUUCCCUGGAAGCUCCACACCUGGCUCAAGUCUCUGCACAGAGCCCGUCAGCUCUGCAGGGAUGAGGUCACCGUCUGUCUCCUCACAGAGUUCAGCUCCCUCAGGACGGAGGACUACAGCCCCGAGCUGCUGUCCACUGGAAUACCACUUAUGUUCGGCUUGUUGGAGACCAGUAAGGACUAUGUGAUAACCAAGCGGCUGGCAUCCAUCUUUUCUCACUGCUACGGCCGCUCCCCUGUCCCUCCCGUCCCACUCAUGGACCUCACCCUGUCCACGCAGCUUGACGUUCACUUCCUCAACAAUCCAGACAUGUCCGAUGUGACGUUCGUGGUGGACGGCCGCCCGUUCUAUGCUCACAGGGUUCUCCUGAUGUCAGCCUCCGAACGGUUUCGGCAGAUGCUGAGUGACUCGAUGGACGACGUCAUCCACAUCGAUCACAUGAGCUACAGCACGUUCCAGAUGACGAUGAAGUCUCUGUACUGCGGCGGAACAGAGGGACUGAGCCUCUCAGAGUCUGAAGCGAUGAAGCUGCUGCCCGUGGCCUCUUUCUUCCAGCUCAGAAGUUUACAGAGGAGCUGUGAGAUGGCGCUGUCUCUGAGUCUGACACCGGACAAUGCCGUCAGCAACUACCAGACGGCCAAGCACCAUGGAGCAGCUGAACUCUGCAGGUUUUCUGAAGGAUUCUUCCUGCAGCACAUGGACCAGCUCUUGGACAGGGAGGACUUCCACCGGCUGCUGCUCGGUGGAAUCGGGCAGGAGCUUCUCUGCCCCGGGGCAGGCACGUGGGACCAUGAUGUGCUCGACCUCCUCAGGGAUCUGGAGGCCGCACUGACGCACAGACUUUACACCCUUCACUGUGCAUGUCGAGAAUAGGACUGAUGUGUUUUUGGGGAAAA